UCCAGACCAUUUCCUGUACUUCAUUAAAUCAGCCGUCCAGUUCUCAAGGUGAAGACAAAACCAACCCGACCGUUUUCGUCGUCAUUUACCUUGUGACAUACCCUUAGAUCAUUCGCCAUGAAGUCCUGCGCCAUCUUGGCUCUCCUCAUCCUGGGGCAUUUGUGUGAAAUUCAAGCAGCCACGUUGAGCAAGCCAGCAAUGAGCACGGACGAUGCCAAGAAACUCCUCAUCGAGAAACUUUCCCGUUCCAUCAUGGAACACCGUGAAGAACUGCUGGAGGCUCUUCAGGGAAUCAACAGCACAGGCGACAGAACCGACGAGCAGAUCCCUGGUGUCCUGCUUGCCUUACUUGUGGCCAUUGCCGGAGGCGUUGUAUCCGGAGCUGUUGAAGCUGGUGUAGCGGUAGCAGUUUCGAAAGGCUGAAUCUAUCUUCCAUGGCAUUAUUUUCAGAACAAUAAAUUAUUAUACAACUACAGUCUA